AAGACCAAACAAAACCUUUGCCAAACGUACCUUACCUCAUCCUCUCAGAAUAUAGACCACGGACUUUGCCUGGAGCAAGGUCAUCCUUCCAUUCAACAAGCGCUCGACCUGCAGUUGCCCAAAAACUGAUAUUCAGCAAACAGGCAACAAAUCGAUCCUUCCGUCGUCCAUUUAGCCCCCCUCCUCUCCCAAUUCACACCCGAGAAGGCACAACCGGAGUCGCAUUCAUUGCGAAAGCCGCUGUGGCUCCUCCUAAUACUUGCGCAAGCACUGGGAACACUACAAAACCACACAUUUUUGACGUAUUUGAGUGUUAUCUCAACCCAGACCUACACCUCUAGUGGCGCAUUGUCGUCACACCCCACCAGCUGGUCACAAAUCACCACUGCUAGCUUUGAACGCCAACAUGUCGGAGGAGCAAGUCGACCUCACCACCAUUCCCGUCUCGCCCGGCGGUGAAAACAAUGCAGACGGAGCUACGUCUGAGGACUCUGGCAAAACUAUCACCGUCUUCCACGACAAAGACAAUUUCAAUGUCAAGCACCCUCUCUCCAACCGGUGGACGCUCUGGUUCACCAAGCCCGCUAGCGGCAAGGGCGACAACUGGAACGACUUGCUGAAGGAGGUUAUCACAUUUGAAUCCGUCGAGGAAUUCUGGGGUGUCUAUAACAACAUUGCACCCGUGUCCGAUCUCGCCCUCAAGUCCGACUACCAUCUGUUCAAGGAAGGUGUGCGGCCGGAGUGGGAGGACCCCCAGAACAAGCAUGGCGGCAAGUGGUCGUAUCAGUUCAAGGACAAACGGUCCGUGAACAUCGACGAGCUUUGGCUGCACACCAUGCUCGCUGCCAUCGGCGAGACCUUGGAGGACGAAGAAGAUGGUGAGGUGAUGGGUGUGGUUGUCAACGUGCGCAAGGCUUUCUACCGUAUCGGCGUCUGGACUCGCACCACAGGCCGGCAUAUCCCCGGCCGCGGGGAUGGUGACAUUGCGGGUGGCAAGGGCCGCUCCGCCGAGAAGGGCAAGGAGAUUCUGAUGGCCAUCGGUCGUCGGUUCAAGGCCGUUCUCAAACUCCCACCGAAUGAGAUGCUCGAGUUCUCGGGUCACACCGACAGCGCCCACAGCGGCAGUACCCGCGCAAAGGCCAAGAUGGUCGUCUAGGCCGUGCCCUCGCCCGCGACACUCGGUACUUUGGCUUGGCCUCCCAUUUUUUAUGACACUCUUGCAUUGGUGCUUAGGUUUUGAUACUCUUUUAUCUACACAAUAGCACCGCUUGCAGGGCAUUGGGAGGCUCAUGUUAUGAAUAUGGGACGUUUCAUUACUAGAUUUUCUCCAUGAAUUUUCCUUUGGAGUUCUCUGGGCUUUGGGCGUGGAGAAGGGCUUUCUGGUUGCCGGCACGCUGUGAAUUCUUCCAUGUAAGGUAUCAUUGAUGAACAAAAAAUGGCGUCUGGCCGAAUUCAAUGUGCCGGUAUGGUUUUGAUCACUCAGAAAACAUGCCAAUCAACUGAGGUAUCUUCCCGGGUCUACACAUGCUAAUGUACACAAUCUACACCACCGGUCUAAACGGUGUGCCUGCCCAUCCGAUCUAUUUGAUUACUUCCUUGCCCAAGA